UUGGCUUUUGCUGUCCACGUGGGCUUUAGCUGGACGAGCGCAGCCAAUCCCCGCAAGCAAAUCUUUCCCCGCACUCGUCGCAUUCGCCUGCUUCGGCUACGAAUGGCUAAGAUGCUCCAGAACUGACGCCACUUGUUUACCGCUUUCACCAGCCCUUAUCCACUUCAGCAACUUCACCUCACCCACACGUUAGGUGUUCGGCGAAAUGCACCACAUAAGAAAUCCCCCCUGCUGCUCUUCCUCUCCCUUCCUCUCACCUCACAAUUCAGUAGAAACUUCGAAGCGGGAAGACGCAAUUAAGAUCAGAACCAGUGCCUCCUCAGCGCUUACCAUAAUGCCAAUUACAGCGUCCACCGCUUCCACCUCAGCCCUCUCGGGAUCUCUUUUCCGGCGUCCCGCAGCCCUACUAGCAGCGACGCCGAGGCCUUCAUGGCUCCUGGCUCCUGCAGCCAUGCCCGCAGCACGGAGGAGCCUCUCAUGUCAGGUCGCCAUCGCAACUGACGUCUCUUCCUCUUCGCCAGAUGCGAUCGCCGAGGAAGAAGCCGAGGCCGCCGCUAAGAUUGGUGCCAAGAUUCGCGUGACGGCGCCGAUCAAGGUAUAUCACGUGAUGAAGGUACCGGAACUGGAUUUAUGCGGGAUGGAGGGAGUGAUCAAGCAGUACGUUGGAGUUUGGAAGGGGAAGCGUCUGUCAGCCAAUUUCCCCUUCAAGGUGGAGUUCUUUGUUUCCCUCGAGGGGCAGGAGAAGCCGGUCAAGUUCGUUGUGCAUCUUAGGGAGGAUGAGUUCGAGUACUUGUCUUGUUCCGAUUGAGCGAGUUUUUGUUGUGUUCUUGAUGCAGAGAUUGCAGAUUUCGGAAGCCCUCUUUCUAUGUCGAUCUGGCGAUGGUUGUAACUACGGAAGGAACUGUAGAGGGAUCACUGUAAUCUCUGCUCCUGCGUGAUAAAAUGGGUAAGUUGUAAAAAUACUUAUUACAUGAUUCUGAAUUGCUAUAAGAAAAGAGAAUAUA